CUUUAGACCAUCUUCGCCCCUCUUCUGCGUCGCCCUUCAUCGAGUUCUAGAGAGCUCGCGCAUCUCGACCACCGACUGCGACCAGCGGCGGCGAUCUCUUCCACUUAGGUUUCGCGUCGAUCCACCACCCCGAUCUAUGGUAGAUCGAUCGGCUCCUUCUCCGCCACGCAAUCUCCGGCCCGAAUUAUCCAUAGAGGCAUCUCCCACGGCUUUGUGCUUCCUCGUUUGUUGGAUUGGUCAGGAAUCUGCUCCCAUGGUUCUUACUUGAGCGAAUUUUGUAUGAUUUCGAGCCUCGGCGUCGGGGUUUUGGUCAAUUGGGAAGGCGGCUGUGGUUUUCUCGGUGUUGAUUGACGUGCACGUGGAAGGUCUUGGAUCGAUGGAUUUGGUCGCGAGCUGUCGGGAUAAGUUGGCAUACUUUAGAAUAAAAGAGCUUAAAGAUGUCUUAACUCAACUUGGUCUGGCAAAGCAAGGGAAGAAGCAGGAUCUUGUGGACAGAAUUUUAGCGUUGCUUUUAGAUGAACAAGUUCACAAGCCACAGGUUUGGGGAAGGAGAAACUUUAUAGGGAAAGAAGCAGUAGCAAAAAUAAUUGAUGAUACUUAUAGAAAAAUGCAAAAUCCUGGUGCUACAGACUUAGCAUCUAAAAGCCACAGUGGUUCAGAAUUCCCUCAUGUGAAACCCAAAGAAGAAGUUGAUUCAUAUAAGCCAGACAUGAAGGUUCACUGCCUCUGUGGGAAAUCAUCAGAUUCUGAAUCAAUGGUUCAGUGUGAAGAUCCUCAGUGUCGAGUUUGGCAACAUAUUUCUUGUGUAAUUAUACCUGAGAAACCUUUGGAGGGUGUUUCUGUUGAAGUUCCAUCUCACUUCUAUUGUGAAAUGUGCAGAAUCAAUAGAGCAGAUCCAUUCUGGGUGACAAUGGGGCAUCUAUUGCAUCCUGUAAAGUUUAUGUAUUCUGGCAUAGCUGAUGGCACAAUUACAGUGCAGAAUGUGGAGAGGACAUUUCAGUUGUCAAGAUCAGAUAAAGAACUGCUACAGAGACCUGAAUAUGAUCUUCAGGUUUGGUGUCUACUACUCAAUGAUAAGGUCCCAUUUAGAAUGCAAUGGCCCCAGCAGGCAGAAUUGCAAGUCAAUGGUGAUUCAGUCAGAGUGGUUACUAGACCAGGCUCACAGUUGUUGGGAAUCAAUGGUCGGGAUGAUGGUCCAGUGAUCACCACAUUUAGCAAGGAAGGAAUUAACAAAAUUGUUUUAUCAAGGUGUGAUGCUCGUAUAUUCUGUUUUGGGAUCAGACUUGCAAAGAGACGCACGGUUCCACAGGUUCUUAGUCUGGUGCCGAAGGAAGCAGAAGGUGAGACUUUUCAGGAUGCUCUUGCCCGUGUUUGUCGUUGCAUUGGUGGUGGAGCUGCUACUGAGAAUGCAGAUAGUGAUAGUGAUAUAGAAGUGGUAGCUGAAUCUGUUGCAGUGAAUCUUCGUUGCCCGAUGAGUGGAUCUCGGAUAAGAAUAGCAGGCAGGUUCAAGCCUUGUGUUCACAUGGGCUGUUUCGAUCUGGGAACUUUUGUUGAACUUAACCGUCGGUCUCGGAAGUGGCAAUGUCCAAUAUGCCUUAAGAACUAUUCCCUUGAGAACAUCAUUAUUGAUCCAUACUUCAAUCGUAUUUCUUCUAUGUUGCAAAGUUGUGGAGAAGAUGUAACUGAGAUCGAUGUGAAGCCUGAUGGCACUUGGCGUGUAAAGAAUGAACUUGAAUCUGCAGAUCUUUCUAAAUGGCAUUUGCCUGAUGGUACUCUAUGUGCUAUUACAGAUGCAGACGUAAAACCUCACUUGGAUAAUCUAAGAUAUAUGAAUGAGAAAAGUCCUUCAGAUAGGCGCUUACGUCUGGAUUUAGGAAUGAAGCCAACUCUAAAUGGAAGACUUGAAGACAGUAGGCUUCUGUCCUCUGAGAGUCCUAUUCUUGGAAGGCUUGACAAUCAUCAUCAGAACUUAAUAAAUAUGAGCAGUAGCGCGACUGGAAGUUACAAAGAUGGGGAAGAUCCAAGUGUAAAUCAAGAUGUUGGGGGGACUUUGGGUUUGUCAUUGAACAAUGGCCACGAAUUUGAUUCUUUCUCUCUCAAUCUUGAUCCAACAUAUGGGGUUCAAGAAAGAAGUCCUGCACCCGUAAAAGAUACAGAUGUGAUUUUCUUGAGUGACUCUGAUGAAGAUAAUCUUACUCUAAUUUCUCCUGAACCUGCAUAUGACAGUCAUCCAGUUGGUAAUGAUACAAUCCCUUUUCCCAACCAUCCUGGGGUUUCAGAAAGAUACUCUGAAAAUACCGGUCCAGAGACAAGUGGAACUUCAUUCCUUGAAUUAUUUAACAAUACUGAUGAAUUUGGGAUCCCAAUCUGGCCAAUGCAAACAUGCCCUCAGUCAGGUCCUGGCUUUCAACUGUUUGGAACAGAGGUCGCAGAUGUUUUAGCCGAUACACAUAGUUCCCUUGGCUGUGCACCGGUCAAUGACUAUGGUUUGACACCAACUAAUGACAUAGAAGAUACUUGUCGAGUGCCAGAUCUUUCUAACUGUCAUACUGGUACUGGAAUGCAGGGAAGCUUGGUUGAUAAUCCCCUCGCUUUUGCAAAUGAUGAUCCCUCUCUGCAAAUUUUUCUUCCUAAUCAGCCAGUUGGAGUUACCCUUCAGGAUGACUUGAUUGACGGCACUGAUCUACCGAAUGGGAUCAAUUCUGAUGAUUGGAUAUCUCUUAGACUAGCUGCUGGCGGAGGUCAUGGCGACUCUGUGCCAUCAAAUGGAUUGACUUCAAGACAACAGGUCACAUCAAAGGAGACUCGAAUGGACUUAUUAGAUGAUGCUGCUUCUUUGCUGUUGAGCAUGAAUAAUAAUGAAGGCAAGAAAGCAAAUUCAAAAAAUCAAAGGUCUGUUUCUCCUGGCCAGCCACGGUCUGUCAGGCCUCGGUUGUAUCUGUCAAUAGAUACUGAUUCUGAUUAGUGGUUAAGUGGGAAUUCAGGUUACUAUAAUAUCUAGGAGGCAUUUCCUGCCUGUUGCUGCUUUUGUAUCUGAUGAGCAUGUUGGGUAAAAAUAAGGCCAGACAAUCUUUGUCUUGAUAUGAAAAAGAAAUCACAUCACCUGAGCACAGCAUCAGCAGCAGCAGCAAGUGGCUUAGCUAAGACUGCUGGAAUUGCCAACUGCAGUAUGAAUCCACGGAUUGGCCUCCAUCUGCACCAGGCUCACACGAAACUUUUAAUCUGAAUUGCAAGCCCAAUGUGUGGCUGCAGCAAGUUGUGCUAUUAGAUUCUAUAGGAGAGAGGGAUGCCUUCCCUUGGUGUAAGCCAUAUUGUUGGGUCGGCUCAUGUACUGUAAUUGUAUGAUUUAGUUGGUCCAAAUUCAAGUGCCCAUCUGAUUUUGGUGGCAGUUGAAGAGAAAGUUGCUCAUGUAACUGACAUACCACGAAUCCUUAGAAAUUAUAGAACGUCAUAAUUUCACGA